UCUCGUCCCGACUCGCUCGAGCCCACUCACCAUGGCCGACAUCAACGCCAUCGCCAAGCAGUUCACCGACUUCUACUACCAGGCGUUCGACGCCGACCGCAAGAACCUCGGGCCGCUCUACCGCGACCACUCGAUGCUGUCGUUCGAGGCCCAGCAGUUCCAGGGCACCGCCGCCAUCAUCGAGAAGCUCGCCAGCCUUCCCUUCACGACCAUCCAGCACCAGAUCGCGACGAUGGACGCACAGCCCGCCGCGACCGACAAGGCGUCCAUGAUCGUCCUCGUCACCGGCCAGCUCCUCACCGGCGACGAGCAGAACCCUCUCUCGUUUUCCCAGACGUUCCACCUCAUUCCCGAGGGCAACUCGUACUACAUCUUCAAUGACAUCUUCAGGUUGAUCCUCGGUGCGUGAUCGUUCGCGCGGUUGAAGGAGAGGUCAGGGGGCGGGAAGGAACGCUUGGAACGGACCAGGUGGUCGGGGACGACGACGAGGGCAGACGGGCACCAGGAGGCUCGAUGGGCAGGAGCGGCGGGACUCGUACAGCUGCGACGAGCGUGCGUAAUCGAUGGCACUUUUCCGGUC